AUGUCGGACACCACAGCUGUCCCAACGGGCUUCAAUUUCGUGCCCACGCGGCACGACGACACCUACGACUUCAUCAAUCCUCUCAAGGCCUCCGCCACCGAUCUGAAGGUCCUAGUCACAGGCGCCAGCAAGGGCAUCGGGCGCGCGACAGUCGUCUCGUUCGCAAAGUCCGGCGCCUCGGCAAUCGCGUUGCUGGCGCGCUCGGACCUCGACAGCGUCGCCAAGGAGGUCAUUGACGCGGCAAAGCAAGCCGGACACAAAGAGCCGCCCAAGGUGCUUCAAUUGCGAGUCGACACGACGGAUGUCGCUGCGGUGGACAGAGCCGUGAAGACGGUGGAACAGGAGUUUGGCGCGCUUGAUGUGGUCAUCAACAACGCAUCCAGAAUGGAGACGUGGAAGCCCAUUCAUGAGACGGAUGUACAGGACUGGUGGUCGACGUGGGAGGUCAAUAUCAAGGGGACGUAUCUCGUCAGUCGUGCGACGCUGCCAUUGCUACUCAAAGGGAAGAAGAAGACUAUGAUUGUCAUUUCCAGUGCUGGAGGGUUAACCACCUCGGCUGGGGGCAGCGCAUACCAAGGCACCAAGACAGCGCAGAUACGGUUCAACGAUUUCCUGAUGAAAGAAUAUGGCGAGCAGGGUUUGCUGGCGUACGCCGUCCAUCCCGGCGGCGUGAAAACAGAGGUUGGAGUCACAAUGCCCGAGCACAUGCACUAUCUUUUGACCGCCGAGCCGGAGCUACCUGCAGACACACUAGUCUGGCUGACAAGAGAGCGGAGAGAUUGGCUGGCCGGGCGAUACGUCAACGCACCGUGGGAUAUGCAAGAGCUUGAGGGAAAGAAGGAUGAGAUUGUUGAGAAGGAUCUGCUCAAGCUGAAGCUGCAGGUUUGA